UCAAAUCAUUUUUAUUUCUGCCUUAAAUUAAAUCAUCUAAUAAUUUUUUAACGGUCCUGCAUUAGCCACCUCUCUUACAACUUUACCCUUCUUCUUUCCCUGAUAUUACCCCUCCCAACUACCUAAAUCGCUACCAGUUUCGCGCUAUCACAGGGGCAAAAUGUUAACGGAUUCACCAAACAACAACCCAGCGGCCUGUCAGCUCCGCGCCCUCAGCCCCAUAUCCAGACAAAACUCGCCGGAUUCUCCGCUUAUUCUAAUUACUCUACCCAAUUCAAAAUCUGAAACCCUACCAUAAUAUGAAAUAAAAUCAUUAUAAAUUCAGUCAAUUUUCACUUCACUCUCCACUUCAUAGAAAUUUUGAAUUCGAAAUUCGAUUUAGGUUUUAGGGAUUCGUUUCAGGAAAAAAAAGGCUACCAUGAAGGCUUCGUUAAAGUUCCGUGAAGAUCAGAAGCCACUCUUUCGAGCCAAGGUUCCUUUGAGCAUCUUAGGCUUGCCUUUUCAAUCAGGGAUUGUCGCUGGCGAGUCCAAGGAGCUCACUCUCAAUCUCGCUACCUUCUUCGAAUCUGGACCCUCCAUCAAGGUCGCUUACCGUCCCAAUGAUAGCUGGAACCCUUUUUCUCUUAUCGUCAAGACUGGAAUGGGAUCCUUUGGUUCGCCCGUGGCCAGCUCCAUGCUUAUGAGUGCGGAAUUCAAUUUGCUUGGGAGGGGGAAUCCUAGUUUUAUGCUUCAUUUCAAGCCCAGGUUUGGGGAUUUUUCUAUUAAGAAAUCGCAGUCGUCUUCGGUCUUUGAGAAGGGCGGGAAUAUGUUUGGGUCUUUGCCCAAUUGCAAUGAUGAUGGAUCGAUUGAGGUGGUGGAGUCUCCGGUGAUAAACGGAGGUGGCGUAGGGGUGGCGAACGGAAUUUCCGGAAAGAAAAUUUCGGUUUUGCCGCCGCCUACUGCCAGGGCGAUCGCAAGCGCAUUCUCUGGCGUGGAAGUGACAGCAAGUACAAAGCUUCCUGUGAGGAGCAGCGCGGUGGUCAAUUUCAGAUGGGGAGUUAGGGUUCCUGCGGAAUUUAAGAAUGGUACUGUUGGUGAUUCAACAGCUGGGAUCAAUCUUAGAAAGAUUCCGUUUUUGGUGAUGAAUAAGAUAGGGAUUGAGCAUAUUGAUGUUGAUGAUUCCAAAUCAAAAGGGACGGCAUCUGCCCCAACGAAGUUGAGCUCGGAAUUGACAAAUACUGAUAUGGCGGAGGCUUGUUUGACGGUGAAGCGGCAACUGGAGGUGUUGCAAGCUGAGAAUGGGCUAUUGAAGAAAGCUGUGGAAGAUCUCAGGCAGGAAAUUGCUUCAGGUAAGGUAAGUUUGCUGGAUUUCAAUUCUGGCAAAUACAGAGAAAAUGAGAGGAACGGAAUGAAAAAUGUGAAUAGCGGUAGAAUUGAAAGGAGAAGCAAUGAGAAGAAAUCAAUGGAGGGGGAUGUGCAUGAGGAGUUGAAGAAGUCAUUGAAGGGAACUGUUGGUGUUGGUGCUUGAAUUUGUAGAAAUCUCUGUAGGGUAUAUACAUGUAAAAGCUGCUAAGUGUGUUUAUCUAGGCUUAUUAGCAGGUUUGUUUUGUUCAAUUCUAUGCCAAAUUUUGUAAGGAUUGUUUAGGGUUUUAUAAAAUGUGUUCUAUAUUGGUUGCUUGGUU